AUGGAGGAUGUUGGCGACGGAGAGCCGCGGCAAGCAGAGCUACGCCUGGAGCAGCGUGAGGUCAAGCGACUCAUCCAUGAGGCUCUGAGCAAAAAGAGCUUCCCUCCUGUAGUUCAGCACCCCGAAGCCAUCCGAGGCGACGUGUUGCUCUCUUCCCUGUUUCAAUGGCCUGUAGUCGUCUGGGUUCCUGAGGUGAAGGAGUACAAGCAAAGAACAGUUGAGGACGUCGAUAGCAAGAGCCACCCCCUGUAUAUCAAGUAUCAGUGUGCCGGCGACCACAAGAGCUGUUUUUCUACGUUUGGAAUUUCGAAGCGACUAAUGGAACUGGUGCACGAGGGGAUGACGUCGCCUCAUGGAUUAUCGCGCACGCUGCGGCUGGUCAAUCCCACGUAUUUGGCGCCGACUCCGCCGACGGUCGCUCAGUACUGCUCGCAGCAAACGCCUGUCGGUGCUGAGACCUUAUCCGCAGCGUGGAUGCAGUCUACCAAUAUCUACAGCGCUCUUUGCGAGCAGAUUAUGAGCAGCCUCGACGUGAAACGGGUGCUUCGGAUCGACCACUCAGUCAAAUUCUGUAAGAGACUCAAGCUGCGCCCGCCAGAAGAGAUGGAGGCGAGGUUUGUUACAGCACUUCAAGACGUAGCCCUUACUGAUAUCAGCUGCAGCGAGCAAGAAUGGCAAGGCAGCGUGGACAGCAACUUGAAGCAGGUCAAGCGCGGUGAUUUGUACGUGGAGAACAACGUGUUCAGUGAGGGAGGCGGCAAGGACCAUAAUCUCAAAGUUGGAUCGAGCUAUGGCCGGAACCCGCCUCUGCAGCACGCCGACAUCUUGACGUUAGCCCAGACAGCAAUGCUAUGCCGUGGAGUCGUUGCAGACUCACCGCAGCUUGAGUAUGUCAGCAGGCUCGUGUCGAAACCCUUGCAGCAGCCCGCGUAUCGCUCAGCAACAGCCCUUGACUUUGGAUUCGAUCAGUGGCAGCAAAUGUUUGAGGGUACAAAUAUUGACGCUCAAGCUCUGGAAAGCAGCCUUCAACGAUCCCACCAGCACAGCACCACGAUCCGAGAGCUCUUGGCAAAGCAAAUCACCUUCACCGAGAGCGGCAAGUUGCCUCGCGUCGCUUUUUUCAACUCGUUGUGCCUCAAUGAGCUCGAUUAUGAAGCUGCUGCUGGGUUCUCUAGUGAGGAGCACGCGCUUCCGAGGCAGGUGUUGGUGGAACAAAAGGCCGCGGGGCAGAGCUGGUCAGGUUGCGCCAUGGUGACAACCAUCAUGUACAAUAUUGUGGUGUCUUCGAACUCCAAUCACAAGUUACGGCUGAAGCGACGCAGCUUUAUCACUUUGUCCGCAAAGAUCGAUGGGUUCACAGCGAAAUCGCGGCCGGAACCUUCAACAAUCCGCGAUCGGAAACUAUUCCGCUUCGUGCGAUCUGCUCCGUGUGACGCCAAUACUGCACGGGAGAAGGAGCUGCAGGCACAACUGUUCACCGCGCUUCGAAAAUUGUCCGAUAUCCGCAAAAAGAGACAAGUCUUCGUGAUGGUGUACGACUUUGCGUGCUGUGUAUGCGCUGGCAUUCACCCAAAAUCACAGCCAUUCCUGCUAUCGCGAUGGGAUAAUCUGAAGCAGCAGGAGAAUUACGGUGCCAACUUGAAAAUCAAGCUGAAGCUGACCCCUGAAAUCCUGGCCAGCAUUCGCUCCACCACUUCUCACCGAGAUAAAUCCCAGCCUGUACUCGCUGAACAACCUUCCGGUGCUGCUCAACAGGCUCCACAGGGGACCGCCGAAGAGCUUCUUCAAUCUUCAGACUCUACAUCUCUGCCAGCACCACCAACUUUUGCCACAGCGGACGGGACUCCGGACGUCUCGCUAUCGUACAGAGAUUCAGCUGGAAACACCUUGCCCAAAUGCAGCGACACUGCGAGGAUCCCGCAGCACGACGGCGAGGAGUCAGCCGCCCAAGCUACAACAGCACCACCCCUGCAGCACGCAACGAUAACACCAGACCACAUCAAAAUGCUGCGUGAACUUGCAAAUUCAAUUCCGAACUCAAAUGGGAAGUGGGAAUACAUCCACACAGUCUAUACGAAGUACUAUCCUCACCUGCCGCUGUCGAGCAAUGCGCUGCGCUGCCGCUUGAAGGAUAAGAACCCCCCACCCAAGUUAUCGACGAACAGCAACGCACCACUCAUUUCGUCGCGCAAGCGCAGAGAGACCUCGUGCAGCAGCUGCCGUCAGCGAAAGAAGUGCGGAGACCUCACUCGAAAUCCCUACUGCACACAACCAAAGAGCAACCAGGACAGUCAAGCAGAAUCGAUUAGAUUAGAUCAUUACUUCACACAGGUUUAA